GUUUUCAGUGAGAUUCCCACCUACUGGGCCUACUUACUGGAAGUGAAGCAACUUGUCGAUCGUUCGCCAGCUAGUUGUCAACUUUUAAAAGUCAUGACUCAUGGCCUGAAACAGCACAUUUUUUGUACCUAAUGACCAGGGAUGGUUUGACGUUAUAAAGUAGCAUAAAUAUCUAAUCACAGCAACGUUCUCAACAUAAUUUGAAUCAUCAUGAUUUGAAUUGAAAACAAGUUUUCAGCGAACUGGAUUGAUACUCCGAAUGUACAUACACGCCCCCCUGACCCCUUGACUUUCGGGGAAGAGCGAGCUCGGUCACCGACCAACGCGGAGAGCGCGGGUUUCCUCGCAUAUUGCACUGGAGUGCGUUCAUAUUUAUUUUGUUGGUGAUGGGAUACGCAAGUGGUAGUUUUGCUGCUGGCUUUCCAACUGAAUUUAUGGAAUCUAUAUCUUCCCGCGUUUUGAUUUCCGCAUGAAGGACUAACAAUGGAAUCUCGUGUAGGGAUUUGUUUAUUUUGUCUGACUUUGGUUGCGACGGUACCAAGACUGGUUGAAACAGUAGACCCUAAUCAUGUAGAUCAUGGCCAUGACCAAAUGGACAGCCAGGGCCACAUGAUGGAACCUGGACAGCCAUUGGUGACCCCUCCCCCUAGAGUUGCUACUACUGGCAGAGCUGCAACAGUCAAGACUUCAAGUCCAACUCUGUCAUCCUCCAACUCCACCAUUGAAGCCAAUACAACGGUUGGCAAUUCUACAUUAGCCACAACAACAUCCAACUCUACGACCGCAGUGACUUCCGUGACCAGGAGGUUGACCCGCUCAUCAACAGUAUCUAACUCGACAGGGACAGUGUCUUCAACCAUAAGGAUGUCGUCGGCAAGAGCACUCCCGUCCGCAGAAACUCCUACAUCUCCAGACAAGAGUACAGUGACAGUUCCAGAGCACCAGGAAACAACAGAUGAAAACAGUACCACACCUGUUGAGCUACAUUCCACACAUCCACAGUGGACAUGGUGGGACUAUACAACAGAAGCAGUCACUGGUACAAAGACACCCACAACAAGAGCAGCAACCCUUACAACAAAACAACAGACAGCUCAAAUGCUGACAACUCCCUAUCCCCAAAGUACCACAAAUACCCCACAGACAAGUCAGGUCCCUGUUCAAACCACUCGGCCUACUCCAGUCCAAACUCAGCCAAGGUCUACCACCACUUAUGCUUUACCUAUAACAUCUGAAACUGUUUCAACAACAAUGCCUACAACAGUAAAGUCAACUAUUGCAUCAACAAUUCCAUGGCACUGGCCCUUUCCAGCUACCACAAAAGAAACAACCUUGAUGUCCUCCACAAGUCAGGUCUCUAGACUCUCCACACUACCAGGAAACACUCCAUCUGAAGAACAUCCCGUCAAGACUCCUACUCUGUAUCCAAUCACCACCCUGGCUCCUCCUGUUGCCAAUGCAUCCUACAAACUUCCCACCUACCUUCAGCUUCGCCUCAGCACCACCUGGCAGAGGUUCUGUCCAGGCAGUGAUGAUGUCCAGCUAUCCCUUUCUAACUUUGCCCGUCAGGUCCUGGGCCAGUCUCCCUAUGACAAGGUGGAAGUACCGUACCUGAACGUCAGGGACCACUGCCGGGAAGCCAGAGUGAACAGGUUGAAAAGGACCCUGUUGUUGGUUGUGAUACCCGUUGAUUUCUUUGUCACCGUAAAUAGCUCCUAUUAUGAGAAUGCCACCCGAAAGGUUGGAGCUGAACUGAUUUAUGAUCAUUCCAUGCUCCAAGAUGACAUCCCUUAUCAAAUUAUCUCGGCUCAUAUGCUUGUUAUCAACAAGCCAGUCACCCCAGCCCCUCCAAAUGACGGGAGUAGCCAAGGAGCUGUUAUUGGUGCAACUCUGACAGUGUGUGCUCUGGUGUUUGGCGUCAUUCUGUCGCUUGUGGGAAUGAAGGUCUAUCGAGUGCGCAAGUCCCAUGCCAGCAUCUCGGACCGCUAUUACUUUGACGGCAAGCAGCUCCAAGAUGCCCUGAGUGAGUCCCACCAGAUGGCGGGGGUCUCGCCCCAUGGAAGGGCUACCGGAGGGGUUGCCCACCCUACCCCAAGCUACAGGGAGUAUAUCCUAGCGUCAAUCAACAAGGGACUGGUCAUGGAUGACGAGGACUCGGCAGUAGAGCUGGAUGCGGUAGAGGCGUUGCCCUCACACACCCUAACCAGCAGUGCCCUUGCAAAGUUCUACAGCUACAGAGAGGCUAUUUCUGAGGAAUUCGAGAAUCUUCCUGGACAUCACCUGAUUGCCUCGGACACAAAGAAGAAAAUGCCGGUUCCAAUGACAUCCAGGCCAAAGUCACCCGUGAUCCACUCGCCAGAUCGAACUAGGGUACCCUUACCUCCUACUAGUCCGACUAGCCCUAGUAACCCAGGCUCUAAACCAGCCGAUUUUGUGCUGGAUGCUAGUUUUAUCAGAGGCUAUGAUUCCAGUCACUGUAGCUACAUCGGGGCCAGGGUGAGCGGAGCAGACUCUAGUACAGCGUUCUGGAGAACAGUUUGGGAGCAACAAUCCAGGACAAUUGUAUGCCUUUGUUCACCUUAUGAACUUGGAAAGGUGUGCCCCCAGUACUGGCCCACGAAGGAGGGAGGUCCAGGUACCCAGUUAUAUGGCAACAUUCUUGUGACCUUGAAGGGAGGAGCCAGUGGGGAACACUACUUCACAUCAUCUUUGCUUAUUAGGAAUGUGGAGAAAUCCCUAUGCAGACCCGUCACCCAUUACUGGUUUAGUAACUGGCUUGAUGGAGAGAUCCCUGGAAGCCCACAAGCUCUGAUGUCUAUGCUUCUACAGGUUCACAAUACACACCAGGAAAGCUAUGGACCUGUCAUUGUCCAUUGCAGCGAUGGGGUCGGUCGAACGGGAUUGGUGAUAGCAACAGAUAUCAACAUGCAGAGGUUAGAGGAGAAUCAUACCAUUGAUAUCCCUCAUACAGUAUCUACUAUCCGCCAGGACCGCGGUCAAGCCAUCCUGAAUGUUGACCAGUAUGCCUUCAUCUACAAGACUCUGUAUGAAUUCUCAAAGUUCUUGAAUAGCCCGGUUGCAUUGGAGACAAGUGACACAGAAAGUGUGGUCCUGGAGAACCCUGAUGACAGUGUCAGUGAUACUUGCAAUGAGGAUCUCUCAUCACAAGGAACUGACAGCAGUCGAGCAUCCAGUUUUCUUGGUGACCUGUCCUCGAGCGUGAAACGCCGUCUUGCCCUCAAGUUCCCUUCACUCGGAAUCAGUCUGCCAAGACAACUAACCCCCACGUCCAGCCGCAUUUCUACCGGAGAGUUUGUCGUUAUCAACAGCCCAAAUUCCACAAAUUUGGACAUGAGUGUUGUGUCAGGAUUAAGUGAAUCGGAUAAGGGGGACAGGAACAGUUCAGUCUCCUCGUAUCAUUCGCCGUUCGAUCAAACUAGCUUUUGUACACAGAAUGAUGUGUUUACGAUAAGUCACAAUGACAGUACGAGGCUUGUUCCAAAAGGAAGUGGAAGACAUUUCACUGUGGGUCAAAGACCACUAAAGAGAGAAUCCAGUAUUGCUACACCUAGACCUGUUUCAGCCUUCUGCAGGGGCAGUAGGGCCCUAAGUACUAGUGAAGGCUCCAAGGUAUAUGAGGACUGGAACCCUCAGUUUGGUCAGUCAGGCCAGUCCAACUUGCCACAGUCUCUGUCAUCUCCAAAGCCAGACCUUCGGGUAGCAGAACUCUCAAAAGGUAAUAGGAAGCGAAGUGCCACCUGCGAGUCUGGAAGGUUCAGCGAGAGCUUAGCCAGUACAAACCCUUUUAAAUUUGAAGAAUCCCCCCAUGAACAACGUGCUAGUGAACCAAAGGUGCCAUCUGCUCAUCACAUUCGCCAGACAUCCUAUCCAGCAGAUAUGAAUCCUUUUGGUUCGUCCCAAACUCUAACUCAAUCAGACAGUCCAUUUGUUUCCUGUCCGUCAUCUGUAUCAAUCCCAUCCACUACCCACUAUGAUACCUCAGAAAGCCAUUCAAAUUCUCAACUAACCACAAACCCCUUUCCUAGUGAUGCCAGCUCCAGCAAUCCCAGCAGCCAAUACCCAAAAGACAACAAUCCUUUUGAGUCUCCCAGUGAUUCUGAAGAUGCAUUUUUCCAUUCUGCAGAGAGUGGCUCUUCGGGCAACAGGGCGUUUGUCUUCACCUCGCAGCCUGACACGCUGGGGCACUUUGAACGCCAGGGCACCUACCCCAAGGGAAUGAACCCCUUUGACGAAAGUGGAAGUCUCCAAUUGCCUUGUAGUCAAAGAGGAAGUGCCAAUGUGUUACGCCUUUCACCUGUUCCUCCUAAACCAAAUAAAUCCAAUCAUGGAGAGACUACGCAACCUACCACUGCCAGUCGUAGUCAGAAUCCCUUUGAUGAUGAUUGGAUGGACUCUGCCGAAGAAAGUUUCACAUAGCUUUGACAAGUUGGGAACAAGCUUCUCCAAGGAAGCCUAACAUUCAUAACAUCGAUUACUUGAUUCUGUGAUUCCCACAGACUUUGUGCAAAGAUCAUCCAGUGCCAGAAGGCACUAACUUAAUCUAUUGGCUACUGAAUUUGAUGAUUCCCACAGGCUGCGACAAGGAUCACCCAGUUUCAGAAGACUACAAGUUUAUAGAACGAUACAAACUGUUGAAAUCCUUGAAGGACAUCUAAUAGUCUGUACAUAUAUUCCUGCAGUACUUCAUAUAUUAUCCAUGUGUGCAUGUAUUUCAAGUGGACUUGACUUUGAAAAGUAAGGUACCUUGUGAAAAGUCAGAACCAUGUCUUUUAUGCAGAGAAUACUGCAAGCGGCCUCUUAUUACCAAUUCUCACACUUUAUUAAAGACAAAACAAUGAGCAAUGCAGAAAAGCAGCCAUGGAAAGAUGCAUAUUACCUAUAUAGCGGGAUUCUUGCUAGAAGAUGUGGCACAGACUUUUGACUAUGUACAGUACCUCAUCAUUUGGUCCAAUUGCCAACUCGUCUACUAUAAUUUUGUCUACCAUCAGUACGUCCAAUAUCCACAUGGUCUAAUUGCCAUUUUCAUCCACUCACCAUUUUGCCUAAUAACCAGUUGGUCCAAUAGCGA